UCGGGCUGCAAGUCACGGACUUCUUUCAUUGUUUACGAUGAUGUGACGCGAGGCGAGGAGUUCUCCCCUUGCCGGGCGGCCGUUCUUCUUGUUAUGCAAGCGUUAUUCAAAGAAGGAAAAGACGUGUUUUUUCUUAAAGUGCUCUCGUUGGAAGGGAUGCCCUGGGGAUACUGCAGAGUGCCUAAGCUCGUGGUUGGUUAUGCUGAGCUGCCCAUCAUAACAAAAAAAGUUUGCCAAGGGUAUAGAUAUGAGGAGAUAUAAUGAUAACUACAGUAUCAUAGACUAGUAAUAACUAGCCCUUGCCUCCCCUCCCCAGUUACACUCAUUGUAGCUGUUUUCUCAGUUAUACCAACACACUUAAUACAUAUUCAUGAAAUGCAUCAAUCAGUGUUUACCACCCCUACUUAAGUGGUCAGAUGUGUGUGAAGGCUAGGAAUAGUAGGUUACCAUAUUUGAUUGGGGAGGCACAUAUUUCAUAACUGUGGUUAUCAGAAGAAGCCUUUACAACAAAAUUAUGCAUGCCAUAGAAACAUGGGUCUGACUGGCAAUCUAUGUAUUUAUGUACCUACCCACUUGGGGGUAAUGGGUGUGACUUGUAGGAUCACAGGUGCCAUAGUGCAUCAGAAAAUAGGCUCUCUCACCUCUGUUAAAACAGGCCCAAACCCCUAACAUUUGAUGGUUUUAUAAGAACAUUUGUGCAUUGCGAAAGCAGGGCAUUCCAUUGAAGAUGAUCUAGUAAUAGGAGACAAUAAUCCUUGGCAUAUUUUAAUGGUUAAAACUAUUUUGCGCCACCCAUUUCCCCUUCGUUUUUUUUUGUUAACAGUACGCAGUGACAUCAUCAUUGUAUGUCAAAACAGAUGGCCGAGCACCAAAGAUUUGUUAAUAAGCACAUACUCAACAUAAUUUAUGUCUCUUGAUAUCUUGGCAUCUAUACAAAGUUACCCUUAUUCUAGCUUAUCAAACACUUAAUACCAUCGGCUUUUUAAGAUAGUUGAAUCUACUAGAGACGCUUGGAAAUAGUUUGGACAGCUUAACUGGCAGCGUUUAAAGAAUAAUUUAUGAAAAAUCGAUGUCCAUUGUCCAUUUUUUUAAACCGCCAAAUUUCAUUAUUACAAAACUCUUGGUUCAUAUUGCAAAUUUGAAAUACUUGGCCUACAGGGCCUUUUUCCGUCCCUUAAACCCAGACAUCAAUGAACCUAGGUAAUCAAUUCCUUGGUUCGUUUGGUACUCAUUGCCAUAUGACACCAUUCACUGUUCGGGCGGUCCUAAGCUCUGCUUGAAGUAUUCGGAGGACUUUUCAUUUGUUUGUAAUUUUUUUUCGACUCUUUUUUUCGGCAUUUUUUUAAACAAAAAGUUUUUGCAUGCAAAAGUCCUUUCUUUUAAAAAAGAAUUAAAUUGGGGAACAUAGGAAUGCAUGUAAAAUAGCUAAUGUCAAGAGGGUGAUGAAUCAUUCAUGCCAAAAUAAUUUGUUUAAUCACGAUAACAAAAAGGCUUUAAUAGUUGGUUCUUUGUUUAACAAGUAACACCUUUCGAGUUAAAGAAACACUAACCUCAUGUUCAAAAACGCAAUGAGUAGGUUGUUUAAUGAGUAGUUAAAAAAAAGCAGCAAUAAUUGACCAGAAAAGUCUUCGUAUUUUGCGAGAGUAUUUGUCGGCCGUGGAAGCGUCAUGUUGAGGUUGUCUCGCCCAGUGGGCUGCAACAUGAUUACCACAGAGCUCAGCUGUGGCAUGAAAGCGUUGCCUGCACUUGACGAGGUUCAGUUCAAACUGUGGCCCAGCUACACAAGCACCACUGAAGCACGCAGGAGGUUGAACAAGGAGUGAUGCCGUGCCGGGUCCUACUCCCUCUGACUUUACCUCUCGCUCCUAACAUCGGAGGGCUGAGGGAGUUCUGUAAGACGUACGACAAUCUCUGCGAGCAUGCGUCGCCACGAAUUUGCCACCCCGUGGGCAAUUGCGGAAUAUCUGAGCUAAGCGCACCAGAUCUGUGUCCAACCCGGCCUCGCGGCCCUCCUGCCAGUUCCAUCCUUCCCUUCCUAUUCCUUGGCAGCGAAGAGGGAGCGGCUGACGAAGACUUGAUUGACAGACUGGCGAUCAAGUUUAUUCUUAACCUGACUCCUGUGUGCCCAAACUUCUUCAGCGAACGAGAGGAUAUAAUUUACAAGCGUAUUCAAAUCAACGACUCAUAUCAAGAAGACAUCGGACAACACUUUGACGAAGCUAUUGCAUUCAUAGAUGAAGCUCGAUCUCGUGGAAGCAGCGUACUGGUGCAUUGUCACGCAGGUGUGUCACGCUCGGCGACGGUCACGGUGGCAUAUGUCAUGCAACACCUUGGUCUAUCUCUCAACGAAGCGUACCAGUUUGUGAAAGAGAAGAGACCGACCAUUUCGCCAAACCUGAACUUCAUGGGCCACCUCCUAAAAUACGAGAAAAACAAGAAGAAUGAGGAGCUGAAAGCAUAAAGGGGCAAUUGACGACGAGAACAAUGAAGUUCACAAAGUAACGAGAUGCAUGGCGUUGAAUGAAAUAUAGAGUCGACAAGACGUUACAGUUUACUGUUAUGGUUGCAUGUUUUCCCGGCCUUCUUAGGUGUCAUUAAUGACCAAAAACAAUGGACACAAGAACGAUAUGCCAUAUGAGUCACAUGUCAUAUGAGGCCGUGAACGUGGCCCUCUGUAACAAGGGGUACUGUUUUAUUCAGUGGGUGUUCCUAAUGUUUGGAGUUAUGUGGUUGUGUUUUAGCCACCAUAUACAUUCCUCAUUAAAAUACUGUUUAGCGGCAACAAUUGUCAUAACACAAGGUUAACGAUACCAGAAAAAAUGUUAGUAGUUUUGCCCUUAAGACGCCGUUCUUUUCAUAUGAGCCUAGUGUGAAUAAAUGCAAAUGAACCGGACUAUGAGUGUGAAUGAAUGCAAAUGAACUAAAAUGUUUAAUUUCGUUAGGAACAUGAAAAGUAUGGCCCCACAACUAGGCCUUGAAGUGAAUAUAAAUGGUUAUAAGACGCGUUAAACAAGAUUAUAAUAGAACGUAUAGAGAUAAUUAUUAAUCUUUAUUACCAAGUUAAUAAAUUUGGAACAAAAUAAAUAUAUAUAUGACAAACGGAUCUUCCGGAUCAGGAAGUGUAGCAUUGCGGAAUUAUUUGUUUUAUAAUAAAAUGUACCGGACAAUCAUCAA